AUGGAGGCAUUGACCAAGAAAAAAAUCAAAUCAUAUGGCGAGAGAAAGAUCCCAGAUGAACUUCCAGAGCUUCCUGAUGUUGAAUUCGGAGAAAUUGUUGGUUCUGGAUUCUUUUCCCACGUAUACAACGGUACAUUCAGAGGAAAACCAGCAGCCAUUAAGCUCGUAGAAAGAGGAAAUGUUAAACUUACACUAAAAGAAAUCGAAAUUUUGAAAUCUCUCAAAGGAGUUGAAGAUGUAGUUCAACUUUAUGCAGCUUUUCAAACAGAUAACAUAAUUCUAGUCUUUGAAUACAUCGAAUCAUGCUCUCAAGAGUAUUUUUACAAGCAUUUGACAAUUCCUCGCUUAAGAUUUUUCAUUAAACACGUUCUAAAUGCAUUAAAUGGCGCUCAUGAAAAGAAUGUUGUACAUAGAGAUGUAAAACUCGCAAAUGUUCUCGUUUCUAAAUCAUGGGACAGAGUUUCACUUAUUGAUUGGGGCUGUGCUUCAUUUAUUACAGAUUCAAUAUCAUCAUGUGCCGGAUCGAGGACAUGCAGACCUCCAGAGAUGCUAUUAGGCUACAAAGGCUACAAAACAAGUUGUGAUUUGUGGGCAGUUGGCGCAAUGAUAAUAGACAUCCUUACUGAAGGUAAACUUCCAUGGAAGAAAGGUACGACAAUAGAUGUAUUAGUAGGAAUAUCCCAAUACUUCGGAUCUGAAGAUAUUCUUAAAAUUUCUGAAAGAUACAAUCUUCCAAUCGACCAAGAAGUAAAAGACAAGUUAUCCAAAGAUCCAACUAAAUCAUUCGACGAUAAAAUCACAGAAAGAAUGAAACCUCUUUGGACAGACAAAUUAAAGCAAUUAACACUUGGUCUUCUUGAAAUUGACCCAGAAAAACGUUUGACGAUCGAAAAAGCAAGAAAAGCUAAGUAUUUCUUCGGAAAAAAGAAAGUUGUUAAGGCAAAAACCUCUAAACCAUCAAAACCAGCUGAAUGA